ACGUCCGUCCUCCCUUCUUUCCCAUUUGGAGGAGCGAUUCAGGUGCGAAAUUCGACGAAGCGUGGGGGUGGAUCUUCGAAGAAUAAUAGGAAUAGUGCGGGAAAGCGACUGGGGAUUAAGAGGUAUGGUGGUCAAUACGUGCAAGCAGGCGAGAUUCUCAUCAGGCAAAGAGGUACCUCCUGGCACCCAGGUCAAAACGUCUCCAUUGGUCGAGAUCACACCCUCUUUGCCCUCAAGGCAGGAUGGGUGAGAUUCUACCAGCCCGUACCCCCGCCGGCUUCUGUAGUUGCUCCAGCUCUAACCGCCGAUGGGAUGGGCGCUUCCACCAGUACCAACCCGGCAUUGCGUCUUGCCAUAUCUCCCCUCCCUCAAACUCCCGCUUUGCCCAAAGGUGAAACAUUGCGUCCUCAUCCCUCUUCGCGCAAGCGUCGUACCGGACGUAGGUACAUCGGAGUAGCCCUUUCGGCCAAUUCUCCCCUGCCGGCUGCUUGGGGUGCACCUAGGGAGAGGAGAUUGGAAAAGAUUGACUUG